ACGCGAGAUUUGGGCGUGAUAUGAGCGACAUAAGCACGCGGAACUUACUAGUACUGACAGCGUAUGUUUGGUUUUAGGCCCUCUACUACGUCCUCGCCUGCCAAGUCUCUGGUAGCUGCUGUUGCUGGCACCUCAGAUAUAUCGCGGACGUCUGCAACAUCAAAAUCGGAACUUCAAGCCCUCUCCCCACUUGAGGUCGAGUUUCUGGACGCGGUCGUUAGAAGAAUACCAUUGAAUGCCACCUCUUUUCUGGCAGGACUCAAGGCUUAUAAUGACGAGCUGCACGAUCGCGGGUUGGAUAGUCAAACGGAAACUGUUCACUAUGGAAGGUUAUUGGAACUUUGCAAGCUGAGGGGUCCAAGUUGGCAGGCGAAGUGGGACGGUGUUAAGAAGCUGUAUGGAUAUGCAAAUGCUCCCUCUGGAAGUGGACCCGCCUCCCGAAUCAAAACAACCCCCCAACCCGCUGCUGGCCGGCAUCUGUUACCAAUUCCUACACGCUCACUUGCACGUUCCACCACUCCUGUGGGCCGUGGUGGCGACGACGACGUAUUUACUGUUCAGUCGUAUCAGCGUCACCAUGAAAUGCAGAGUGCUGACACCACGGAAGAGCACUCGUCAAUAUUGUCUGCAAAGGAUGAUACACCGACACACGUUUGCGUCGACCGCCCUAGGCAAGCACAGAGCCUAACACGUCUACUGAGUAGCCCACCCACCCGUGUCGCCAAUCCAAUUCUACCGCCGAGCUUGACACGUCAGGCCACGCCCCGACCCCAAAGCAAAUAUUUGGAGGCAAUCAGACAGGUAUCGGCAUGGGAUGACAUGUCGGACGAUACCAACGUCACGCUACCAUCUCCGUCUACUACACCACCGUCCUAUCGAGCAGCCACUCGAGCCACGGUGAACAACAAAACGGCCGUACCCGCAAGUCAGAUUCCUCACGCACCUCCCGCCCAACCUCCCAAAUCUGAGUACCUGGUUCAAGUGCCUGCUCCUCCCCGUGAACGGAGGGGUAGUGUCAUCAAUGAAGAAGAUGCUUGGAAGAAGAUUAAAAUGGCAAGAGAUGAAGAAGAUGCAGAUAAGUUCCGCAAGUUCAAGCUUCUCGAACGUUGCUGGGAGACAUGGGUACUCGGUUACCAGUGGAUAAUAGCCACGAACGAACAAGUGGCAGAGGCCCGAGACAAGGUCAUCCUUGGAUCAGCCAUACGCCGGUGGCACAACAAGACUGCACUACUUCUCGAAAUAGAUGAACGUGCUGCUUGCGUCGCUAAUGUCCGCCGAUUACGAGUAGCCAUGGCUAUGUGGAGGUCAAAGCUGAAGGAAAGGAAACAAUUAAUGUGGCGAAAUGAGAUGCGGGCGAAAAUGAAGACAGUUCGCGAAAAGAGAGAACGCAAUAUUCAGAAAGAUGCAUGGGUGAAGUGGCGGCGUGCAUACUGUUGUCGCCUGGCAGAAAUGCGGUUCACGGACCGUUUGGUUGCGCGUUUUUUCCUCCGUUGGAAGACUAAACUCACCAAUCUCGGCCGUUUGGAGGUGUCUGCCGACGACUUUCUGGAACGUCCGAGGUGUAGUACGGUUGCCCAUGCAUGGAAACUGUGGAGACGUGCUCUGAGAAUCCGAAACGCGGCACAUCUGGUGACCGCGAAUGCCGGCCUUAGAGUGAAACGAGAGGUCGUGGAUAUUUGGAAGAAACGGACACGUGACCAUCAAUUGGCACGAGAGUUCCAUGACGUGUAUAUAUUGAAGCGGUCAAUAAGGUCGUGGAAGGCAGCCCGUGAUCGGAUACGUGCCAUGGAGAGACGCGCGGAUAAGUACCUAGCAAGGCAAGAUAACGUCCUUAUCCGAGCGGUCAUAAGAGUUUGGAAGGCCCGCGAACGUGGUUGGCUGCUUGAGCGGGUAAGGACUUCGCGUCUUCUGAAGGACGCCUGGUCAACUUGGAAAGAACGAGUACGCCAAAUCCGACAUUUUCACGAUUAUGCCAUUGCAUUUUCUAUGCGAUCUAAUUCAUAUGUCGCAGCAUCCGCUCUUCGGAAAUGGCAUCAGGUAUACGGUGUAUAUCGGAACCGCCAUACGUUCGCCAUCCAGCACCACCUGGCUCGUGUACAAUUUAAUGCGCUUCUCACGUGGCGGUUACAACUACGUAUGAAGCUCAAACUAUUAAAGCAUGCCAGGAUAGUGGAAAGAUUUCUAAUCCAGCGACGGGUACUCAAAUUGUGGAGAUUCAAACUGGAAACGAAGAAACGUUUUGAGAAACUCAAGACACUGGAAACCCGCAAGCUACAAGCUUGCAUAAGUGUAUGGAAGCGCAAAGCAAAUCGGAUACGUUCGCUUCGUGCGGCUGAGCAACAGGUCACCAACCGCAUUGCUGCACGUUUAAUUACCGGCGCCUUGGAUCAGUGGAAAUCCCGUGUCGUCGAGAUUAGGUCGAGGGAAAUGGAUGUGGAGUGGAGGUAUUCACAUGCUCUGGAGAUGUUCGCUUUCAUGAAGUGGAAAAAUGUAUGCCUAAGACACGUUGAAGACCUUAGCCUUAUGGAGAGUCAUCUAGAUAUCAAACGAGCUGAAACUAUACGCCGUAUUUUCCACCGCUGGCUUGCUCUCGCUCGUGCUCGCCAUCAAAGGCGGACGAUCUUGCGAGAGAAAGAACUUGCGUUCAUUCGAGCAAGUUUACAGAUUACCUGGGAUCGGUGGCGAGAAAAGUUCAUCAAAGAAAAAUUAAGACCGAUUGCGAACCAAGUGAUUUUACGGAGUCAGAAGAAUCUUCUCUUCCGCGCCUUCGGCAUAUGGCUCGCAAAGACCAGAUCCCUUCCUGCUAUCCGCUUCCACGCGUUCCAACUAAAACAACGGUCUUGGCAAAAAUGGCGAGCAGCCAUGCCGCAAGCUCUGCAAGCAAAGAAAGCGCGUGAGAUGCACACAAAGGCCGUCCUAUCACGGGCGUUUGAGAAAUGGCACCAAGGAUACAAAGUAAGGACUCAUUUGAAGGAGAUUGCUCGCGCUCGUUACCUCCGAUUACCUGGUGCCAUUCCUGGUCAGCCUGCCCCGGCGUCGAAGGUUACUGGUCCACUGGUGCCGGUAACAACACGCAAUGCUUUCCCUCGUCGGGCACUACGUGCAGAUACCGAAACAGAGGAAUCUGACGCAGGUCCAAGCCGGCCUGCUAUACGUCCGGCCACCCGCACGCCCAGGGCUGGCAUUGCAAGCCUUCUUUCGACUCGCACGCCUACUGAGCCUGCCCAUCGUGCACGUCCGAAAUUGUCUAGCCGAGGGGUACGGGACUCCAGCCCUGCUAGGUCUAUGACUUCCGCCCCCGCAACGGACGACCUACUGCAGCCUAGGCCGAAAUUUGGUGUGACAAGGAACCCUAGUCCUGCGCGAUCGACCACGUCGUAUGCAAGGGGAUCCAGUCCAACAAGGUCUGCAGCCCGCGUGAGCCCCAUCCGCCAGCUGGAGGAACCAGAACGAAGUCGGUUGUGGCAAGAACUAAGACAGGUUCGCAUGAGGUCCCGGCCACCCACUGAACGGUCACGAUCGCCCGUGCCACCCUGAGGGUAUUGCAAUUCUAUGGCACUUGCUGUGGUUGACAAUGUGUCAAAAUGUGCAAGGACGUCGCAUGCUACCGUAUUUAUUUUUUCUACUUCCACAGGGUAACUUGAGCUCCCUAU